AUGAAGGAAAAGAAGGUGGCUGUUAAGAAAGAAAAAGUGAUGAUGAGUAAUGAAAUACCUGACAUGACUAAGAAUAAUGACAAGAACGAUGACUUUGAAGAUGAGCAAGGAGCUGGACACUACUUAAACGGCAGGAUUGAAGAGCAACUUUCAGAAGGAUAUAUGGGCGGCAGCGGCAGACACCGCACUCCUAUCAUGUCUACCGUGAGUUCUACUGGUGAUUGCCCCGUGUUGUCAAAGAUUGUCCAGAGAUGCCGAGGCGUGGAUCUGUUAGCUGGUGAUCGUGGUCAACUUUUCCUGCCAUUGUGUAGCUUACAUCAAAUCUGUUAUCUUUGUGGCGAGGCUCCACCGACCACUUGCGACUUAGUUUUCCUCUCCGAAGCUGACUCUACCUGUGAGGGUGAUACAGGCUGUCAACAAGCUGCCCGAUCCGCUCUUAUGGCGCUGAGAGAGCUCCACGACAACCUAGCAGACGAAUUGGAUGGAGAAUGUGAAGCGAAUCCGUGUCUACCGGCUACAUUGAAACUGAACAUUGGAUGGCAGAGGGCUCUUCAACGAUAA